AUGGAGGCAAUAGACAGUGAUGUUUAUAUGUACGAUCGCUCACCAUCAGCUGUACAAGAUACCCCGAAAACCAAAUUUUAUCGUUUAACAUUGAACGAAAUAUUAACUGUUGUGUGCGCAACUUUGAUACCCAUCACUCUUGGCGUCUAUACUGGAAUAACAUCUAUGCAGGAACAACAACAAGCUGAUGAAAUGCGACAAUUUGACUUGAAUCAGGCAGCUGAAUUGAAACAACAGAUGAUUUAUGAUAGAUUUUUAGAUGAUAUGUACAAGCUAGAGAAAGAUGGUUACUUAACCGAUACAAAAAAUCCAUGGUCAUUUGCCAAUGCCCGUUACCGUGCUGCACAUAGACAGUGGGAUAUUACACGUAAGGCAGAUGCUUUACAAUUUCUCAAAGAACACGAAUUAAUUGGAAAAGCAAAAAUUAUUGACAAACGCACGACCAAGGCAGUUGUUGAUGUAAUUCUUUUAGCUGGAUUAAACUUCGAUAAUAUACAGUUAACAAGUGCAACUGGUGCAUUGAAUCAGUUGAAUUUCGAUAAUGUAGUAUUUGAUCGAGUAUCAAUGGCUAAUGCUCAAUUUUCAUUUGCUAAUCUGAAACAAACAUCAUUUAGCUAUGCACGAUUGAAUAAUGUCAUGUUCUUAGAUGCAUCAUUAGCUAAUGCUCAUUUCGACAAUACGGAAUUACGUUCAGCAGACUUUGGCAAUUCAGAUCUAACAGGCACGGAAUUUCUAAAUGUUGAUUUAUCUACAACAAAAUUAACACAGACACAAAUUGAACAAGCAAUAUUUUUUAAUAGUACAUUACCGAACGGAACAGCCAUUGCUACCUCAAAUAGAACAACAGCAACGGCAACAGCAACAGCAACGGCAACAGCAACGGCAACAGCAACAAUAACGACAGUAACAACAACAACAACGGCAGCAACAACAACGACAGAAACAACAAUAAUGGCAGCAGCAACAACAACGACAGCAACAACAACAACGGCAGAAACAACAAUAAUGGCAGCAACAACAACAACGGCAGAAACAACAAUAAUGGCAGCAACAACAGCAACGACAAGCAAUAUAACUUUUAACGACACAAGUGACCGGUAA